UUCCACAAUCGUGUUCAUGUUACUGUGUUAGGGUUUUCAGAGUUGCAGCAUUCACUCACACGCUUCAAAUAAUGCAUUUCCGAUAACCAAUUCUCGAAGACUAUCGCGAUUUCCCCAACAUUCUCAUAACCCUAAUUCGCAUAAUCAAUACCUUUAUUCAACACGUGACAAUGGCUUAUGUUGAUGAUGAUGGUUCUUCUGGCACUGGAGAAGAUUUGAAUAUGUUGGAUGGACACAAACGUCACCCUGUUAAUGUUGUUCCUUCUGGUUCCGGUGGCCGGAAGAGGAGCAGGAAGGCUACCGGGGAUGCUAUAGUCGAUGCAAUGUUGGAGAUAGCGUCUGCUUCGAAGAUGAGGGCAUCUGCAAUUUUGAAGAGUGAGGACAGGUUCUCUAUUAGUAAAUGCAUUAAGGUGUUGGAUGAGUUACAAGGUGUUGAUGAACGAGUUUAUUUUCAUGCUUUGGAUUUGUUUGAGAAUAAUUCAAGUGCCCGCGAGAUUUUUGUAUCGCUCAAGGGUGAUAAGAGAUUGCCAUGGUUGCAGGGGAAAUGUGGCGUUCUUCCCUUUAGAUGAAAUUGUUAAUGAAAAUGCUUUGAAUAUCGUUGAAUAACUUUUUGUACAGUCAAGUUGAUUGAAAGGGAAUUCUGUAUAGAUUUGAAAUUUUUGAAUGCUAAUGGAAUAUCUUGCCCUUUUCAUAA